AUGAAGUUCGCGACGCUCACCGCUCUCCUUGCUGCUCCCCUCGUCUCGCUCGCCGCUGCGCUGCCCGUGGAGCGCGACGUGUACGCCCCGCCGGUGACCUACCCCUCCAACGGGACGGUGUGGAAGCCGUUUGAGAAGCACAACGUUACCUGGGAUGUAUCGGACCCGCCUAAGCAGAUCACGAACCCCGUCGGGACGAUCCGUUUGGUGAAGGAUGACCGGAUUACUCCUCUCAUCCUCGCCGACAACUUCGACAUCCUGCUCGGCACGUACGAGGUCACGGUCCCCUGGGUCGAGACGGGCGACAACUAUCGCAUCCUUCUGUUCGGUGACUCCGGCAACUGGGGCGAUGAGUUUACCAUCGAGUACGAUGGGUAA